AUGCCCCGUCUAGACGAAAACACACAGCAAUAUCUGCGCGACGCCGAGCAAGGUGUCCGCCAGAAGACUUCCGGCGUAUGGGAUAGCUUCAGCAACUUCGCGUUACGCGACAAUGUGCUCGAAGUUGCCGUAGGCUUGAUUCUUGCAGCAGCAUUUACCUCAUGCGCCAACUCCCUCGUCUCGGACAUCAUCCUCCCUAUCAUCUCGCUCCUCCCUUUCCUCUCACGCAACCUGGACGAGAAAUUUGCCAUCCUCAAGCAUGGCCCCAACUACAACGGCACCGUUAGCAACGGCUACAAUACCGUCGAGCAGGCGCUAUCUGACGGCGCUGUUGUAUUCGCUUAUGGCAGCUUCUUCGAUAAGCUUGUGAGAUUCUUGUGCAUCGCGAUUAGUCUUUGGGUUAUUGCGAUGGUUUACUCCAGGACGAGUGGGGACAACAUCGUGAAGAAACAAGUGAAGUGCAAAUUCUGUAGGAAGUACAUCAGCGACAAAGCCAAGAGGUGUGUCAAUUGCACGAGUUGGUUGGACGGGAGGGACGAGAGGAGAUAA